CCCUACACUACCACAAAAACUCCACCUACACUCUAUUGACUUUGCUCUCCCUCUCCCUCCCCCUCCCCUUCCUCCUUUUGGCCAUGGAUGAUGAGAACACCACCUCCAAAAACCCUAUCCAUGAUGGGUCCCCCCCGGACCGUCCGGCGGAGCCGGUCCGGACCCGGUGGACGCCGAAGCCCGAGCAGAUCCUCAUACUCGAGUCCAUCUUCAACAGCGGCAUGGUGAACCCCCCCAAGGACGAGACGGUGCGGAUUCGCAAGCUCCUCGAGAAGUUCGGCGCCGUCGGGGACGCCAACGUCUUCUACUGGUUCCAGAACCGCCGGUCGCGGUCGCGCCGGCGCCAGCGGCAGAUGCAGGCCGGGCUACUCAACGAUCCGGUGGCCGGUUCGGGGAGCUCCUCCUCGUCGUCGUCGUCGAGUCGUUCGUUGAGUAGCGGGGGUUUUUUCGCGUCUUCUUCUUCCUCCUCCUCCUCCUCCUCUUCUUCGAAUUCUUGUUCGUCUUCGAGCUUCAUAGGGGAUGAUUGUAGUAGCUCCGACGAUCUCUUCGCGAUCUCUCGCCAGAUGGGGUUCGUGGAGAGUAAUCGAUUCGCUCCGGCGUUCGUCGGAGCUUCUUCAGAUGUGACCUCGCAGUUGCACUACCAAGCUGCAGGAACCAUCACUGUGUUCAUUAAUGGGAUUGCUUCGGAAGUUCCGAGGGGUCCUAUAGACUUGAGAACCAUGUUUGGCCAAGGUGUGAUGCUUGUUCAUUCCUCUGGUGAUCUUCUUCCUGUCAAUGAGUAUGGAAUUCUAAUGCAUAGUUUGCAGAUGGGCGAAAGUUACUUCUUGGUUCCGAGGCCUACUUAAUUAGCGCUGAGCUAUGAUCAUCAGUAAAAACAAGGCAUUUGGCUCUUCAAUAAUCAACAUUCAUAGAAGAAGCAAGCUUGCAUGCAUGUUGCUAAUGUCUAUGGAUAUUUUCAUGAAAUUAAGUUGUUACUCAAGAGCUACCAUAUAUGAUCAUAAUGCCGUGUUGUAACUUUUAGAAUUUAUGUUGUUUAGAGUGUCUGAACAUGAGUCUAAACUUUAUUAUAGACUUCAUGUGUUUCAGUUGAUCUGCUCUUGCAAAUUAAUUAUUUCUCUAGUGCACUCACAAUUAUUUUCACAUUUAAUU